AUGGAGCCUGCCAAGCCAAGAUAUCGAUAUUUUAAACAAAUUACACCUGACAAAAUCAUGCGUCAAUUGUCUAAAUUAGAGCCUAUCGGUGCUGCACAAAGAAGAAUAUUUGCUUCUAGCAGAGAUUACGAUAAGGCACAAAAUGAGAUCUUAGAAACCCAAAGGAUGUAUAAUGACCAAAGGGAAAAAAUACUUUCUAAAUUAAACGCAAAAUUCACCCUUCCUUCUUUAACUCCAGACCAUAAAAACCAAAAUAAAAAUGAAUUCAAGAAACGAAAACUUGAUAAAAGCUUCACAGGGGUUGAAACGAAGCCAGAUAUUUGUGUCACAAGUCCACUAGGUGAGCAAAAACUAUUUAGUUUCUCUGAGUCUCCACAAGAGUUCAGUACAAAUGGGGAAUUAGAAAGGCCACCAAUAACUAUACAGCAUAUUAAUAGGAUAAAACGGUUUGGAAGGGAAAAUCAUACUUUUCUCUCAAAAACCCCCACAAAACGUUCAGUCUCUCCAAUAGAAAUCGCGCCUUUAUCACCCAAAUUGAAACCUAUAGACGAAGUGAUAUCUGGAUGCGAUAGCUUGGUAAAUGAGAAAAAAUCUACAGAAAGGAUGCUUCCUAUGAUAAAAGAUUUUUAUAAUAAGCCUUUGAUGAAGCUUAAACAUAUAGUUGAUGCUAUUGACAGCUGCAAAGGAGAUCCUAGCGAAGAAAAGUAAGAUUAAUAUAGUGUAAAAGAAUAUAGAAGCUUCCAGAGAAAAGUAAAAAAUGCCAACAACCGAAUCAUUUACGAUAACGAAUUCUGGGAAAAAGUCAACCAAGAAAACACAAAACUCCAAGCCAACAUCCUCAAAAACAAAAGAAAAUUUUGGAAGCAAACCUCAGAAGUGUUGCCAAAAGAACUAGACAACCCAAUUUUAGAUUGGCUUUAUGAUAGAUACAUUUAG